CAUUCGGCCCGCACUCCCUCUGCCACCUCAGUUCCCCCGGCAGCAGCGAUGGCGGAGGAAGGUUCGGGGACAGACGCCGCCACGGCCUCCAGUUACGGUGAUUUCAACCUACGCCACCUGCACCUGGAGCUGCGGGUGGAGUUCGACCGCCGCCAGCUGACGGGUCGCGCCGUGCUCCAGCUCGGCUGCCUGCGGCCCGGGCAGCAGCUGCUGCGGCUCGACACCCACCCCAGCCUGAGCGUGGAGGUGGUCCGGGCCCGCUACGGCUCCGGGACCCCGGCCCAGACCCUGGAGCACCGCACCCGCCCCUUCACCACCUACGGCUCGGUGCUGGAGCUCACCCUGCCCGGACCCUGCGACCCAGCGGAGCCGCUGGAGGUGACCAUCGAGUACACGACCGGCGACGGCCCUGGGGUUGUUUGGCUGAACCCAGAGCAGACAGCAGGCAAAGUAAAGCCAUAUCUCUUCACCCAAGGUCAAGCUGUCUUAAACAGAUCUUUCUUCCCUUGUUUUGAUACUCCAGCUGUUAAAAGUACUUACUCUGCCUCUAUUAAGGUUCCUGAAGGUUUUACAGCUGUAAUGAGUGCAACUGACUGGGAGCAUGACGAGAAGGAAAAUGUAUUCAACUUCAAAAUGCGACACCCAAUUCCUGCAUAUCUCAUCGCUUUGGCCGUUGGUGACAUUGUGUCUGCUGAGGUUGGUCCAAGGAGCCGAGUCUGGACUGAACCUAGCCUGUUAGAUGCUGCCAAGGAAGAAUUUAAUGGUAUAAUUGAAGAGUUCUUGACGGUCGGUGAGAAGUUGUUCGGAAAAUAUGUAUGGGGAAGGUAUGACCUGCUCUUCAUGCCGCCGUCGUUCCCAUUUGGGGGGAUGGAGAAUCCUUGUCUUACAUUCGUCACUCCAUGUCUGUUGGCUGGGGACCGGUCAUUGGCUGACGUCAUCAUCCAUGAGAUCUCUCACAGCUGGUUUGGUAACCUGGUCACAAACGCCAACUGGGGAGACUUCUGGCUAAACGAGGGAUUUACAAUGUACGCCCAGCGGAGAAUUUCCACCGAGAUUUACGGUGCGGCGUACACGUGCCUUGAAGCUGCCACAGGGAGAGCCCUCCUCCGUAAACACAUGGAUAACACCGGGGAGAACCAUCCCCUCAACAAGCUCAAGGUCAAAAUUGAACACGGGAUCGAUCCGGAUGAGACCUAUAAUGAAACUCCCUAUGAAAAAGGCUACUGCUUUGUAUCAUAUUUAGCUCACCUUGUGGGUGAUCAGAACAAAUUUGAUGCUUUCCUUCGGGCUUAUGUGGACAAGUUCAAAUUCAAAAGUAUCGUGGCAGAAGAUACUUUAAACUUUUACCUAGACUAUUUCCCAGAACUCAAGAAACAAGAUGUUGAAAAAAGACCAGGAUUUGAAUUUGACAACUGGUUGAAUACUCCUGGAUGGCCGCCGUAUCUGCCAGACCUUUCUUCUGGCGAUACUCUCACGAAACCAGCAGAGAGCUUGGCAUUGUUGUGGUUUGCUGCUGAGCUGAACAUAGAUGCAAUCAAAGCAGUUGAUCUGUGCUCAUGGAAAACCUACCAGAUUGUCUACUUCCUUGAUAAACUACUGGAAAAGUCCCCCUUGCCUCCAGGAAAUACUGAGAAGCUCGCUGAGAUGUACCCAAGUAUCUCCAAAUCCAAGAACGCAGAACUGCGUUUUCGCUGGGUACAGAUUAUUGUGAGAAAUAACUAUGAAGAUGCAUUUGAUGAACUCCGAGACUUUCUGCAAAGUCAGGGUAAACAGAAGUACACAGUUCCUCUUUAUCGAGCCAUGUGGACAGAAACCGAGGGAACACGCAAACUGGCACAGGAGAUUUUUGCAACUACAGGGAACCAACUCCACCAAAACGUGCAACGUUUUGUGAAGAAAAUCUUUGUUCCAAACAUAGAUUCUUAAGAGGGAAAUUUAAGAGCUAAUUGUUUCCAGCUGAUUUUUGAAUAUUAUGCUCUGUUUAUAUCUCGGUAAACUUGUCUUUCAGAUUUAAAUCAAUCAGUACUUUCGCAACUGUCAUAUGAUUUGUGUUAGUGUUCUUUCUUGGGCAGAUUCCAAAAUAAAUGGAGUUCAAAUCUGAUUGUAUGUAUAUCUUGCAAUACCUUUGAAUUACAAAUGUUUUUUUACAGAAGCAUAAAUAUUCUGAUCUGAGGACUAAUUAAUGUUCUGUGCCUCAUCUACUUGGUGUAUUUCUAUUACUUCUAAAUCUUUGGAAAUGUUUAUAUUAAGUUUUACUGUAAAGUGAGGCCAGUAUAUAAUCACAGAACAUGUUUUGAUUGUAUGCACUCAAUGAUUAACUUGCUGUUCACAGAAACAAACCUGGAAUCAGUACAAAGAAUAAAGGUGUUUUCAAUUUAA